AUGUAUCAUAGCUGCCGGCGAGACAGUAUACUCGAAGGUCCUUCAAAUUUGUUUCUUUCGCGUGACCAGGACCGAUGGGUUUAUCGAGGAUACGAAUGUAUCAUAGCUGCCGGCGAGACAGUAUACUCGAAGAGUGAGUAUCCUAUGCAUUUCUGCUAUUCUCAUGAGGAUAAGGAUAGUCCAGUUGAAGCAUACGGCGUAUGCAUACCGUCACCUUGCGCGGAGAAUCAUGUAGAGCUGUUGAAAGAAUGGAGAACCAUGACAAGACCGGAAGAAGCUAAGCUUCCUAUGGAUUUCACAGCUUGCACAGGUUCACGGCAUGAGAAGCAAUGGUGAGU